AUGAAAGAUUAACCAAAAAUUAUAAUAUUAGUUGGAGUAACAGGAGCAGGAAAAAGCACAGUGUUUAACUUUUUAUGUGGAGGGAAUUAUGAAUGGCAGGAAAUAAAAAAUGGGUCAUAACUAAUAUUAAAAGAAAACUCUGAAUAAUUUGCUUUAUAGAAUGGAGGAAUGAAUUCAGUCACAAAGCAACCCAAAUACUAUUUAGAUGAAAAACUGAAUCACUUAAUUAUUGAUUUCCCUGGAUUUAAAGAUCCGAAUGGAGAAUUAGAUUAAAUUCUCAUUUAGAUGUUAUUUUAAAAGAUUGUUUCAAAGUCUAAAGUCAAAUUAAUCUAUGUUGUUAGACACCCAGAAACUAGAUUUAAUGAAAGAGGAGUAGGCCUUUAAGAUUUUAUUAAAAUUUUGUUUUAAGGUUAAUAAGUUGAUCUUGAAAAAAUUUGCUUAUUGCUUAAUUGUUAUGGUGAUAAAAUGUCUGAUUAAGGACUAAGAGAAAGUGUUAAAAAAUAAUUAUAAGUAAUUUUUUAAUCUGAUUUCAAACAAAUCUCAGUCUUAAGAAAGUGUAAAUCUCCUUUAGAUAUUGCAAAAAUCUUCUCUGAAGAAAAAAGAGAUUAAUUGAUGGCAGAAUUAAAUCAAACAUAAGAUAUCUAAUUCUCUCCAAAAUAUGUGUAACAUAGCGAAAAGAUUACUUAAUAUUUAAGUGAGAAAAAUUUCUAGAUGUACAAUAACAUUUGUGAAAAAUUGAAUAAUUAAUGCAAACAAAAGGUUGAUAAGCUAUAAGAAAGGUAGUUACAAAUUAGUGACUUUACUUUCAAACCUAAAUUCAAAGGAUGA